CUGGGAGGAGUUUGGUUAGAUUACGACAGCGCGAAGCCGGGAGAAGUAGCGUCGGUAAACCUCUACUUUUUGCUUCAAGAUGCUGUGUUCGAUUCUGAUUCUAAUUCUGGCUUUGGUCGUUUUGGUCAAGAUUGAUCCGGAAAGUUAUGAGUCGUGGCGAUUGUUCAUCAUCCAUCUGGAGCCGACAUGUCUGUUCAGCACGUCAAUUCUACGCGAGGCAAGGAGUAUGUGCUGUCAUAAAACUGUGAAGUUUUCUUCUUGGUGUCUUGCAAUAGAGGGUGAUGUAGGCAGCCAGGAUAGAUCCGUGGAUGAAAAGAUAAGGAAAAUAAGAAACACACAUCCCUUCUCGUCCUCGGCGCCAUGGAACACCCCCAAUCUAAUGCCCACAGACAAGCAUGCAUACCGCACAAACACUCCUCGCGUAUAUAGAAAGGCGUGAUGCGUUCAUACAAAUCCAACUUUUGAUCGUCCUCUCCACAUUGAAUCCUCUACGUGUCAUCCCCACAAGAUCUGAAUUGGCGAUCUUGCUUGUGUGGGUAUCGCUGUAAGUCGUUG